AUGGUCUCGCAAAAAGUGCGAGAGGUGGAAUGUACCAGUCCCCUGUCCAUCGCCGGGUAUGAACCCAUGUACCGUGUAUCACAGCAGUUUGUUUCUAAACCGAGGAGUUUUAAUCUUCAUUACCUGGCGCUGACCUCUUCCACCAUGACUAUCCUCUGCCAACGAGAGGAGGUUUGUCCGGAAAACCGGUCAAUCUCAGCCAACGACUCGACUAUAUCUAUGUACCAGUUCGCCAAGACACCGCUUACUCCCACGGGCUAUCUUAUAUCGUCCGUGUAUCUCACAUUUGUGGGCAUCUUCGCUACGGCCGGAAAUAGUCUGGUUAUCUACGUUAUAUGUCGCUCUCCUAAGUUCCGGUCAAAGCCUCACAACAUGCUGCUGCUGAACAUGGCUGUCGCUGACGGAUGUAUCUCCAUAUUUGGCUAUCCUUUCACCACGGCAUCGGGCUUCGCUGGCCAAUGGCUGUUCGGAGAGAUUGGCUGCGUGAUCUGUGGGUUCGCCACUUUCACUUUCGCUAUGACCUCCAUGAAUACGUUAGUGUGCAUCAGCAUAUUCCGCUUCCUCAUCAUCUGUAAGCCACAGUACGUGAUCACAGAAAGCCGUGCUAUAUACUCCAUUUUAGCCACGUGGGGUUACUCAUUGCUAUGGACGUCACCUCCUUUAUUCGGUUGGAGUAAGUACACAUUCGAGCCAUUCGGCACCUCCUGCACGGUAGACUGGGUCGGGCGUAGCGUCGGUGAAAUCCUGUACUCCAUCUGCCUCAUCAUAUUCUGCUUUGCAGGUCAUCUUACCAUCAUGACGUACUGCUACACAAAAAUCUGGCAGGUGACACGAAAACUGGACCCUCAUCGAAUCUCGCAGGGUCCGGCAUCUCUGGACCAGGUUAUGCGUGCGCAUACAGUGCAGUCAGAAGCCAAACCAACACAGAUCUCCAUGAUAAUGGUUGGCUGUUUUCUCAUAUGCUGGUCACCGUAUGCCUUUAUAUCUCUCUGGGCCGCUCUCGUCGCUCCUCCUCCGGCAUGGUUAUCUCCCUUCCCAACGUUCUUUUGUAAAGCGUCAUGCGCACUGAACCCUGUCAUCUAUACCUUAACCAACUCCACCUUUCGGAAUGCUCUGAUCGCACAGUGCUCAAGAAGGCUUCAGCGAGUCGGCGAUCGGCAGAUUGAAGUGCAACAGAACAGGAAGUAA